GGUACUAUACACCAUCACACACACAGAGAGAGAGAGAGAGGCUGUGGUGGCCAGUUACCCCUACGACAACAGCAAUGGAGGUACUAUACACCAUCACACACACAGAGAGAGAGGCUGUGGUGGCCAGUUACCCCUACGACAACAGCAACGGAGGUACUAUACACCAUCACACACACACAGAGAGAGGCUGUGGUGGCCAGCUACCCCUACGACAACAGCAAUGGAGGUACUAUACACCAUCACACACACAGAGAGAGGCUGUGGUGGCCAGCUACCCCUACGACAACAGCAAUGGAGGUACUAUACACCAUCACACACACAGAGAGAGGCUGUGGUGGCCAGCUACCCCUACGACAACAGCAAUGGAGGUACUAUACACCAUCACACACACACAGAGAGAGGCUGUGGUGGCCAGUUACCCCUACGACAACAGCAAUGGAGGUACUAUACACCAUCACACACACACACACACAGAGAGAGGCUGUGGUGGCCAGUUACCCCUACGACAACAGCAAUGGAGGUACUAUACACCAUCACACACACACAGAGAGAGGCUGUGGUGGCCAGUUACCCCUACGACAACAGCAAUGGAGGUACUAUACACCAUCACACACACACACACACAGAGAGAGGCUGUGGUGGCCAGUUACCCCUACGACAACAGCAAUGGAGGUACUAUACACCAUCACACACACAGAGAGAGAGGCUGUGGUGGCCAGUUACCCCUACGACAACAGCAAUGGAGGUACUAUACACCAUCACACACAGAGAGAGAGAGAGAGGCUGUGGUGGCCAGCUACCCCUACGACAACAGCAAUGGAGGUACUAUACACCAUCACACACACAGAGAGAGAGGCUGUGGUGGCCAGCUACCCCUACGACAACAGCAAUGGAGGUACUAUACACCAUCACACACACAGAGAGAGAGAGAGAGAGGCUGUGGUGGCCAGUUACCCCUACGACAACAGCAAUGGAGGUAGUGAGCUGCAGAGUGGAUCCAGUGUUGCCCCCGACAACGACGUGUUGAUCCAGCUGGCUAAGACCUACUCCUACACCCACAGCCAGAUGCACAAGGGAGACCACUGUUACGACUCCAAGGACUUUAAGGAGGGCAUCACCAACGGUUACUACUGGUACCCUCUACCAGGAGGGAUGCAGGACUAUAACUACGUGUGGGGCCAGUGUCUAGAGAUCACCUUGGAGCUGUCUUGUUGUAAAUACCCUCCAGAGAGUGAUCUGCCUGGGCUCUGGGACGCCAAUCGGGCCGCGCUGCUGGCAUACAUGCAACAGGUCCAUCUGGGUGUGAAAGGGCAGGUGUUGGACGCGGAGGGAAACCCAUUACAGAAUGCUCUGGUGGAGGUGGAGGGGAGACAGAACCUCUGUCCCUUCAGAACCGACCGCCAUGGAGAAUACUACAGACUGCUGCUGCCAGGCAACUACACCUUUAGGGUGACGUUCCCGGGCCACCAGGUGUUGAUGGAGACGUUGACGGUCCCGUACGGUCCCGACUCAUUCUCGGCCCUCGUCCACAACUUCCAGCUGCAGAGGUCCGCAGCCGCCACCCCUGGCCCCAGCCGCCCUACCCAGUCCUGCACCCCACCCCAGGUCUGGAGGCCCCUGGGUGGCCACUCUCCCAGCCUGGGCCCCUCGGGCGUCACCAUCCUCCUGGUUCUCCUGGUUCUCCGGGAUACCAUGUUACUGUGACCGAGAGACGGGUCACGUCCCAAAUGGAACCUUAUUAAAGUAGUGCACUAUAUAGGGGAUAGGAUGCCAUUUGGGACGUAUCCAUGGAGACGGACAGACAGACUGACUGAGAUGGGAUCUCCCAGUCCAGAGACAUUCUCUUUUUUUUUCUCAGUAUUUUUGUACAAACAAAGAAAAUCCUAUAUAUAUUUUCUUGUAACACUUUGCAUUGCUCUACCUUGCACAAACACGUGAGCCAUUUUGUGUUUUUAAAUGUUAUGUUUUGGAUUGAUGCUUUUUUAGUUUUUUAAAAAUAUUGUGCUGAAAGAAAGCAAUUACUGCCAGCCAGCAAUCUGCCAUGCCAGCAAUCUGCCAUGCCAGCAAUCUGCCAUGCCAGCAAUCUGCCAUGCCAGCAAUCUGCCAUGCCAGCAAUCUGCCAUGCCAGCAAUCUGCCAUGCCAGCAAUCUGCCAUGCCAGCAAUCUGCCAUGCCAGCAAUCUGCCAUGCCAGCAAUCUGCCAUGCCAGCAAUCUGCCAUCCAUGCCAGCAAUCUGCCAUGCCAGCAAUCUGCCAUGCCAAGCUGAGAAGAAGAGACUAAAGACAAGGG